AACGGACGCGCUUACGAUCUGGCUCUCACUCACCAUUUCGACGAUACCCCUCGCUUUAUUCUACCUCGCUUUUGCUCUACCGUUAUACUGUACUCGCUAUAAUUCUGUACCACUAUGAGGUUCACAAAACCCGCCUGGGUCGCCCACAGAGACUCCUCGAGCCGCGACCAGAGCAAGCGGCUCUCAAUGUUUUCGUGUCAUGUACAUCCUGAUUGCUCGCGGAUUGCUACCGGAGGUCUCGACGCGAAAGUACGUAUAUGGAGCACAAAACCGAUCCUGAACCGCGAUUCCGAGCUCUCUGGACGUCCGCCGAAGCUGCUCUGCACCUUGUCAAUGCACACGGGCCCUGUGCUGACCGUGAGGUGGGCACAUUCUGGGAGAUGGCUUGCGAGUGGGAGCGAUGAUGCUAUCAUUAUGAUUUGGGAUCUUGACCCAAAUGCAAGAGGAAAGGUCUGGGGCUCAGAUGAAGUGAAUGUAGAGGGGUGGAAACCAUUGAAGCGUUUACCGGGGCACGAGAGCGAUGUCACGGACUUGGCCUGGUCUCCUGCUGACAGGUACCUUGCUUCUGUGGGACUAGAUUCACAAGUGAUCAUAUGGUGCGGCUUCACGCUAGAACGGCUACGAAGACUCGACCAGCACCAAGGUUUCGUUAAAGGCGUCUGCUGGGAUCCUGUUGGAGAGUUUCUCGCAACUUCUUCUGAUGACAGAACGCUCAAGAUUUGGCGCACUGCGGACUGGGGCCUUGAAGCCGAGGUCAAGAAGCCCUUCGAAGACUCGCCUGGCACAUUCUUUCGGCGGCUGAGUUGGUCUCCUGACGGUGCUCAUAUCACCGCUUCUAACGCUACCAACAAUAAGGGAUAUGUCUUCAUCGCCGCUGUCAUUGCGAGAAACUCGUGGACGUCAGAGAUCAGUUUAGUUGGGCAUGAGAACACGGUCGAAGUUGCUGCAUAUAAUCCACACAUUUUCCUUCGCGAUGCUAACGCUCCAGUUGUCGCUUCAAAUAUAUGCUCAGUGGCAGCUCUUGGUGCAGACGACCGCUCUGUCUCCGUGUGGCAAACUAAGUCAGCGCGACCGAUGGUAGUAGCAAAAGAGGUGUUCGAGCGCCAAAUCAUGGAUUUGAGUUGGUCAUCUGACGGCCUGACUUUGUACGCCGUUUCGUCUGACGGGACCAUGGCCGUUUUCAGCUUCGACCCAGACGAGCUUGAAGGCAUCGCACCUCAAUCCGCGCAAGAGCUAUAUUUGAAGAAGUUCGGCUUCACACCGUCACCACUGCCCGAAGGCUACUCACACCAGCCGGAGCAACAAGACACGAGGAUGACGCCGCCGCCGUCUCCAGGUCGCACGCCCGCCAACGCGCAUGCACAAGAUCUCGGCUUUGGCAUAGCAUCCAACGGUGGCGAGGUCGUCAACAAGCUCGUCGCCAAGCGCAAGACACGUAAACAGGGGCAGCCAACAUUCAUCGGCUCGUUCGGGGGGUCUAUUCCUUCCGCAAACGUCCCCUCGGCCCACGUUCCAUCUGCCAGCACUGCAUCGGCGCCCACGAGCACAGGCCCCAUCACAAGCCCUACGCGGUCCACCGGCCGCUCCUUCCACGAAAUUGCGGGCAUUGUGCCAAGCCGCCCGCCUGCGUCGUCGAUGCUACUGUCUGCACCUGAGCCGCCCUCGUCCAGCAAUGCAUUUGGCACAGGCCGUGGGGCGAGCGAGGAGGUGAAUCUCGAUCUCGUGUACCCCGAUGAGUACGACAUGAACACCGAGGUGCAGAUUAGCGCACUCGACACGAACGGACGGCAGAAGCGCAAGUCGAGUGUCAUGGAUGCCAUCGACGACCGCCCGAGCAAGGCACGAACGCUCGGCGGAGACCGCCCCAGGGAUAUUGUGGCCGUCAAAGAACUUGCGCCUGCGAGUAGCACCAUCGUCGUGUACGAUGCGAGCAGUGCGACAGACGCACAGAAUGUGGCCGCGAGGCUACCUAUAACGCCAUUGUUGACGUAUUUGAAAGCUCAGGCCGAGGGAAGCGAAGACCUGCUUGAGGCACGGAACUCGGAGGAUGGAUCUCCUCACGAAGUCAUAUUUGUUAGUGGCAAGCAGACUCAAUGGCUGGACUAUUUAGCAUCUCCAGUUCUGGCACUGGCCGUGUCCAGCGCGUUCUGUGCCGUAGCCAUGCAAGACGGUUCACUGAAUGUUUACUCUCCAACGGGCAGACGACUGAUGCCAACAAUGAGCCUGGGAGCAUCGUGCUGUCUGCUUAGUGCCAGCAAGAAUUGUCUCCUUGCGCUGAGCUCAAGUGGACAAGUUCAUGUAUGGAAUAUCAAACAGCAGCGAGCACUUUUCCCUCCGACAUCUGUGCUCCCCAUCAUCGGCUCGUCGCCAAACUGCACCGUCGUCUCUGCCACCGUCCGCUCGAACGGCGCUCCCCUCAUUUGCCUCUCAACGGGCAUCUCCCACAGCUACGACGCGGCGCUCUACUCGUGGGUCAAACUCAGCGACAGCUGGUUCGCCGAGGGUUCGGACGCAUGGCCGGCGCGCACCCGUGCGAACACGCAGCUCGCUACGCGGGGCAUUGUUAGCACAAUCGAGAGCAGUGUUACCGAGCACAUGCCAGCGGUUGCGAGCGACGCGAGCAGGCCGGCGUGGUGGGGCACGGCACUCACGCUCGGGCACUUUGAGACGCGGAUGCACGCAGCGAAAACGCUGGACAGCCCACAGGAGUAUAAGCAUGCGCUGGUACUGUACGCGAAGAAGAUUGCGGACGAGGGCUUCAGAGCGAAGGCAGAGGAGCUGGUGAAAGAGUUGUUCGGACCUAUGUAUUGGCGGCCAGGAAGGGAAGAGCUGUGGUCAUCGACACUGCUCGGCUUCUCAAAACGCGAUUUGCUCAAGGACGUUUUGAAUAUCUUUGCCAAGAGUAAGACGUUGACCAAGCUGGCGCUCGAUUGGCAAGAUACGCUGAAGAAAGCUUUGAACGAAGAAUAGCCGUAGACGACUUCUCAUACUAUACAGCAUGAUCUACAUGGCUAGCUGGCCUACUGCCACUUGACCUUCAUGAUUACCCGCUUCACACCAUCUUCCUUCUUCCAUAUUGUCUCCACGCUGCCCUUGUCCCUUCCGCAGGUGGUUGGCUCGCCAUUCUCCACCGCGCGAGUGAACUCUGCAACACCACCCCCCACGCCAAAAUAGACGAGUUUUGCAGCAACGAGGCAGAUAGGUAGAUCGUCUCGUACGUUGCGUAAGUUGACCUUGUUGAACUGUGCAUCUGGACCCUUUGCAUUAUCGGUAUCCCGGGGUUGCAAUAACAGCUGCGACGCGGACCCUUCGAGGUCCUGCAUCGUCUUUUCGCUGGAGCCAUUUGCUGUGCAUGCCUUCCACAUGAGGUCCGUCAACGCAGCGAGGCUGUCCGUGCGGUAGAUCGUCUCGGAGGUGAGCAGGACAUCGUAGCGCCGUCUCGUGAGCUCCACGUCGAAUGUCUCCCACGAGCCCGAAAAGAAGCGAAGAGUGAUCCCGAACUCUCUCAAUGACACUUUGAAAGCGUCGAUGAGUGCUGGUACGAGAGCAAGGUCCCCUGGGUUGGAUGGGUCUGUCGUAGGCAAGGGCUCAGGCUCGGUGUCUUGUUCUGUCGUGACCGACUCGAACGCUGAUAUGAAAGCGGCUGAAACAGGAGACAUAUCUAGCCACAAUAGCAGCUAAGUACGCGAGACAGAUGGGGCUAAAUAAGACCUACACCAUGCCAGGAUGAUGUUAGGUAGGGUGACUAGCCGGAAAACUAGCUCGUUGUAGUCUUGAAGGUGGAUCUCUAUACGUCUGCCCGGCCUUGAUGGCUGCGAAAAGAUCUCUCGCAGCAACAUUAGUGACGGGAUGGCUGUUCCGCAACCUAGCUUGAUUCUUCUCGUG